UUGACCAUUCGUUCGCAACAAAAGCUGAAUUGUACAAUGUUGAAUCGUUUUCAUGGUUUGGUGGCUUUGGCACUGCUGGACGUAAUUCUGGCAUUAUGUUCCAAGUGCAACGACUCUCCGAACACGGAGCCGGGUCGCGAACUCAUGGUUCAUCUGUUCGAGUGGAAGUGGAAGGACAUCACGUACGAGUGCGAGAACUUCCUGCACAAGUACGGCUAUGGCGCGGUGCAGAUUUCACCUCCAAAUGAACAUAUCCCAGUCUCCUACAAACUCCACAGCCGUAGUGGCACCGAGCAGGAACUGGUAGACAUGGUAGAGCGCUGCAACAAGGUUGGCAUUAGAAUCGUUUCUGAUACGGUUAUAAACCAUAUGACUGGUGCAGGUUCCGAGGGACAUGGCUCGGGUGGUUCGUACUUCAACGCAAAACUUGGUGUCGAGUCGUUUCCCGGUGUUCCUUAUAACUCCUCUGAUUUCAACGACAAAUUCUGUAAUCACGACAUUAACAAUUACAACGAUCCUUGGGAAGUAAGAGAAUGCCGUUUGGUAUCGCUGUUGGAUUUGGACCAGCGCUUGCCAUACGGCCACGAGGCGAUCAGUGGUUCUGAAUAUACAGGCCUUGGACGAAUAACCAACUUCCGGUAUGGUCUGGACUUGGCGUCAGCUAUAAGGCGUUCGAAGAACUUCGUCUUCUUCAACAGUUUCGGUGUGGGAUGGGGUUACUGGCCAAGCCACGACGUUGUCGACCAAGACAUGUACCGCAUGGCAAUACAUUUCAUGUUGGCGUGGAAUUAUGGCUAUCCGAGGGUCAUGUCCAGUUACUUCUUUGACUACUCUGACCAAGGCCCACCCAGCACGGGAAAGCCCAGCUUUAAUAUCACGGGUCCUAAGUUUAAUUCUGAUGGUUCAUGUAACAAAGAUAGUGGGUGGGUAUGCGAGCAUAGGUGGCCCUCGAUUCGGCGCAUGAGCGUCUUCCAUCAAGUUACGAGUGACCAGCCUACGCUAGACAUUGUCACAGAAAACAAUCGAAUCGCCUUCAGACUUGCCAUUCACGAAAAAUCCCGGGUGACCAAGUCCAAAUCCCCUAAUUUCCAAAGAACCGCGAUCUUGAUUCAUAAGAAGUCAGUCGUCGGACAAAACAUGUUCAUUCGAGGUGGUAUCGAUCAUAACCGAAUACCAGGCUGCCGUGACCAUGUCAUUGAUGAUCCUUGUUCGAUUCCCAUUAAGUUAACGACUAAUGUAACAUCCGAGUUCACAUCUUAUAUUGAAUGGAGCAAGGGAAACAACUACCUUAAUUGGUAUGGACCAGAGAAUGGACAAGGAACAUACAAUAAUCUGAAGGCUCAAGGCACUCCUCUAGUUUGGUCGACGAAUGACAAAAAGGCCACUGGCUAUCAGCCAUUGAACAAAUACGGUUCACAUUAUUGGUUGGUGGAAAUGCAGAUGGAUUGCUCAAAGACACUCGACGGUUGGUUUGAAGUGAAAAACGUGCUGGACAGCAACGGAAUUGUUUACUGGGAGAAUAAUGUGUACGAGACGGAUUGUACUGGCACUGCCGGAGGCAAACCACCUUACACAAGCAUCAACCACCUUGCUCGCUGCGGAUAUGUUAACGUUUUCUCGGAUGGCUCCAACGAGUGCAGAGUGGACUUCUUUUAA